AUGAACUACAGGUCGGUUGUUUUUCGCGAGUUUACGGAAGAAUCAAUUCAACGUAUUGAGCGUUAUCGACAAGAAGCUGAACGUGUUGCUGCUGAACGAUUAGACGUAUCACUACAUGUAAAUCAUUAUAAUGAGCGUCGUUCUACGACGAGGUUAUCAAAACAUGAAGCAAUUAAUUUUCCACGAAUGCCAAAUAAAGAAUUGGCCACUGGAGAAACAUUACCACUAAUUUUACAAUACAAAUUUCCUCCUGAACUUGUUGAAAAACCUAUUGAAGAAAUUGAUCCAUAUUAUCGUACUGAAUAUGAUUUUAUGGUUAUUAGUGGAAACAAAACAAUAUUUCGAUUUAGUUCAACACGUGCUUGUUAUCUAUUUGCUUCACAUAAUUGUUGUCGACGUUUAGCUAUACGUAUAUUAACACAUUCACUUUUUACUACAUUGAUUAUACUUACUAUUUUGACUAAUUGUGUAUUUAUGACACUUAAAAAUCCACCGGAAGUGAAUGAAUAUAUUGUUACAGCAAUUUACACAGUUGAAGUAUUAAUAAAAUGUAUUGCACGAGGAUUUGUUCUAGAAAAACAUACGUUUCUACGUGAUCCAUGGAAUUGGUUAGAUUUCAUUGUAAUUGUACUGGCAUAUGUAACAUUUUUUGUCAAUUUUGAGAACUUCACAAUACUACGAACAUUUCGUGUAUUAAGAACAUAA